UUUCUUGUUGGAAAAUAUCACCCAAAAGUUCAAUCAAGGUUUUGUUAAGGUCCAGUUCUAAAAUCGCAACUGAAGAGAUCUCAAAACUCUCCCCUUCACAUGAUUUGACUCUAAUUUGAUAUUCUCUCCUGAGAUCGACGAGUAUUUGUUUUCUGAAUCAAUCCACACACUACAUUUCAUGGGCACUUCUUCUGGAUCUCAUUUCAACAAUCAACCUUCACCAACAAUGCUACCUCCACGUCAGCAAGUAAGAUCCACACCUCUUCACACCUCUUUAUCACUCAUUCCACUUCCACCAGAUGCUUCCGGAUCACCAAAUCUUCAAGAACGCGGCUCAAAUUCCGAUCAAAUCCGCGAAUCACCAACCGAAAGUGCAAGCUCCCGUGACACCUGGCCUGACCCUUUAAUCCUAUCCAAAAAGGAAAAUGACAAUAAUACCCCUGAACACUCUGUCAUCCACCAUAUCUCAGGGUCAGAUAAAAUGUCCAUUAGAGAUGUAUGUAGGGAAAGAGUGGAUCUAAUUGCAGAAAGAAUGCAGAAUCUACCUUACGAGUUCUUAGAGAAGCUAAAGAACGAUCUUCGAGUUCUUAUUGAAGGAUCUGGUGGUCAUCAACACCGAGAAGAAUACAUUUCUCUUCAGAAAACAGUUUUAGGUCGAGGUGAUUUGACCGAAAAGACCCUCACAAUAGCUCACAGAGGCCAACUAGAGAUUCUAGUUGCUGUCAAGACUGGAAUACAAGCAUUUUUACACCCAACUGUAAGUCUCUCACAAGCUUCCCUCAUAGAAAUCUUUUUAUACAAAAGGUGUAGGAACAUCGCGUGUGGGACCCAAAUUCCAGCUGAUGAUUGUUCUUGUGAGAUUUGUACUAAAAGAAACGGGUUUUGUAACCUUUGUAUGUGUGUGAUUUGUACAAAGUUUGAUUUUGAGGUGAAUACAUGUCGAUGGAUUGGGUGUGAUGUUUGUUCUCAUUGGACACACACAGAUUGUGCUAUAAGAAACGGGCAGAUUGGUGUGGGCCCGGGUAGAAAUGGGGCAGGAUCCGGAUCCGGGUCCGGGUCCGGGGAGAUGCUUUUUAGGUGUCGGGCAUGUAUGAGAACAUCUGAGUUAUUCGGGUGGGUGAAAGAUGUGUUUUAUCAGUGUGUUCCUUUGUGGGAUCGUGAUGCUUUGAUUAGAGAGCUUGAAUAUGUUAGAAGAAUAUUUCAUAGAAGUGAAGAAGUUAAAGGGAGGAAAUUGUAUUUCAAAUGUGAAGAGCUUUUGGAAAAAUUGAAAACCGGAUUGGGUGAAGGUGUAGCUUGUAAAUCCAUAUUGUCAUUUUUUCAAGAAAUGGACACGGGGUCCCCACAAGAAACAGAAGAAGGGCGAUUAAUCCCACCACAAGAAGCUUUUAACCGAAUAGCCGAUGUAGUCCAUGAAGCAAUUAAAAAAAUGGAAAUGGUAGAAGAAGAAAAAAUACGUUUAGUUAAAAAAGCGCGAUUAGCCCUAGAAGCAUGUGAUCAAGAACUCAAAGAUAAAUCCCGGGAAAUGACGUCACUUAACAUGGAAAGACAAAAAAAGAAACAUCAAGUAGAUGAGCUUGAAAGCAUUGUGAGACUUAAACAAGCGGAAGCGGACAUGUUUGACUUAAAAGCUAAUGAAGCUAGAAGAGAAGCCGAGAGACUUCAAAGGAUUGCUCUUGCCAAAACGGAAAAGUCGGAGGAUGAUUAUGCAAAUAGGUAUUUGAAACAACGGUUGCAUGAGGCGGAAGCUGAGAAACAAUAUUUAUUUGAGAAAAUAAGGUUGCAAGAGAGUUCAUCGAGGGUGUCACAAGGAGGUGAUCCGAUGUAUAAUAAGAUCCAAGAUUUGCUUAAGAACAUGUAUACCACACCUUCCAAAGGAGACUGACUGUUUGUUUCUUUUCGACUUAAUGGACUUAAUACAGACAGAUAUAAUGGGUUUUUUUUUUUUUUUUUUUUUUUUUUUUUUUUUUUUUUUUUUUGUGUAAGAGUAUGGAUGGAUGAUGUUGAGAUGUAAUGUUUAUGUUUGAGUUGUCGGAGUAUAUUGUUGUGUUGGGUUUUGGUUAUUUCGUUUUAUGUUUGUGUAUAUUUGUGUGCAUGUUAGUAUCUAUCUACUUAUUUUUGUGGAUAAUUUCUUUUAGAACUAUUUCUUAAAUGAAUAAUUUUAAAUCAUUUUCUUUUA